AUGUGCCGCUCGGUGCACAUUAAGAUCAACGUGCACCCAGAGUUCAUUCGAAUUCUUAAGGUAGAACCGGACCUCGCCCUUGACGGCAAUCAGGUUGACGUUCUCCCAUCCGUGUACUCAGUCUCCAACAACAACACUCUGCAGGAGGAGGCCCACGACUCUAACACUGGCUGGUACACCGGUCAGUUGACUAAUAGUAACAUUGAAGUCGCAGCCUACAGCAGCUUGGGAGCCGCUUAUCUUGCGGGAACUUAUACUCCGACUAUCCGAGUCUACGCUCAGUUGACCGAUAACUCAAUCCAGGAAUACGGAUGGGAUGAUGAUUCAAACGAAUGGCAAGCUUUCCAUAACCUGGGCCAGGCACUCCCCGGAACGGCCAUAGCCGUAACGUCCUUCACCAUCCCUAACCAGUCUAUCAGAGUGUACUUCCAAGACCCUCAAAACAAUCUGAUUGAGAUGGGCCAUGACUCGGAUUCGGGCUGGGGUCAAGGCAGCUUUUCAGUCGCCAACGCCAUCCCUCGAACUGCCCUCGCCGUUAGUACUACGGAAGAUGACAGCAUUCAUGUCUACUAUGGUGGUUCUAACGAUCGUAUCUUGGAGCGAAUUCAUGACGCUAACUCAGGUUGGUAUGACGGCGCAUUCGCUCAGCCCAGCAUUCCCGGAAGCCAGGUUGCUGCCAUCAAUUGGGGCACCGGCAGCGGGUUGACUAUCUGCUUGUAUUUGCAGCAGGGAAUAGAUGUGUCCGCUGUGUCGGAGUAUCAGUGGGAGAAUGGCAGCUGGAGUGUUAAACAGGCCGCUAUUCCGCCUGCGUAA